CCGGCUGAGAAGGCGAAAGAGCUGUCGGAGGCUCUGCAUAUAUUAUGCAAAGCAGCCGAAUCCCCUGCCUGCCUUCCCGGCCAGGGCGAGUGGGGGGCGCCCGCCCCUCGGUCUAGGUGAAUACAUUAUGCUAAUGAGCCCCCGCGAGAGGUCCUGGCAAGCGCUGGAAGGCGGCGUGCGCGGAGAACAGUCCGGAGAAGCCAGCAAGCGGAGGAGGCGACGGCUCCUGUUCCUGACAGCCGCUCCUGAGAUCGCCUCGGCGGGCAAAGAAGGGGGCUGCAAGGACCGGCGGAGGAGGGGGCCGAGACAUCGCUGCCGCAAAUUGAGGUAGAGGGGGAUUCUUGGAGUGCACCAAGAACUAGAAAGAACAAGAGCGGAAAGAAGCAACAAGUCUGUCUUUGCGCGCCAUCGAGGGGAAGAAACUCAUACCUGGGAAUAGGGAGCGGGCUGAGAUAUAGAUUGGGCGGAGAGCUCUUCUACGAAGGUCCCACGUUUGUGGGGCAACCCUAGGAAAUCUUGCCAUGAAGCCUGCGACGCGCGCCGCAUUUCUGCACUGAAAGUUGCGCGCCUGGCUUGGAUUUUCCGCUUUGCCUUUGAUUGCUGUUCCCGGUCUUUUGGUGGCAAAAGAGGAAGAGAGGAAGGAGUGAAGGAGGAAAGGGAGCCCUUCCCUUCCCAUCUCAGCAUGGUGAGCAAAAACCCCGACGCCGGGGGUCAGGAUGCCAAGGGGAAGGCGGGCUGCUUCGGGGACCAGCGCUGCUGCCCCAACUGGACUGCGCCCCUGGCCUGGCUCCUGCCCGCCCUCCUCCUCUCUCUCAUCUCCAUCGCUGCCUCUGUCUAUCUGGGAGUGAAGACCGGUGACCUUCAAGUCAGGGUCUCCGCCAUCGAGAGUGCCCGAGGGGACAUAUCUGCUGAUGCUGCUUCUUAUCUGACACUGCCCGGCUAUUCUUUGGAUCAGCUGAAUUCACUGGUACAGGACAAAGUGGAGCGGCUUCUGGCUCAGAAGUCCUAUGAGCAUAUGGCAAAAAUCAGAACAGCAAGAGAAGCUACUCCAGAAUGCAACUGCCCACCAGGUCCUCCUGGUAAACGGGGUAAACGAGGAAGAAGAGGAGAGAUUGGACCCCCUGGUCAACCUGGCCCUCAAGGCUCACCUGGUCCAAAAGGUGAGAAGGGAGAUCAAGGUGAUCAGGGCCCACGGAUGGUGUUUCCUAAAAUCAAUCAUGGGUUUCUCUCUGCUGAUCAGCAGCUCAUUAAACGCCGCCUCAUUAAGGGUGACCAAGGACAAGCUGGACCACCCGGACCUCCAGGGCCUCCAGGACCAAGAGGCCCUCCUGGGGAUACUGGCAAAGAUGGCCCUCGUGGAAUGCCAGGUGCACCGGGUGAUCCAGGAAAGCCAGGUGAACAAGGCUUGAUGGGGCCUCAUGGGCCUCCAGGACAAAAGGGUUCGUUUGGUGCACCUGGUGUUCCAGGAAUGGACGGAAGUCAGGGAGAACCUGGUGAAGUGGGAGAAGGUGGACCACCAGGGCUUAAGGGUGAUCCCGGACAGCAAGGAGAAAAGGGUGAUGCUGGAGAUAGUGGACCCAAAGGUGACACCGGAGAAAAGGGUGACCCUGGAUCUUCUGCUGCAGGAAUUAAGGGAGAACCUGGAGAAUCGGGGCGACCUGGACAAAAGGGUGAACCUGGACUACCUGGGCUACCAGGAUUACCUGGAAUUAAGGGUGAGCCAGGUUUCUUGGGUCCACAGGGAGAACCUGGAUUACCAGGAUUACCAGGGACAAAGGGUGAACGGGGAGAUGUGGGGCCUCCGGGGAAAGGCGAACGAGGUGAGCCUGGAGCUCCUGGACCAAAGGGAAGAUCAGGUGAAUCUGGAGCUAGAGGUCCAAAGGGGUCAAAGGGUGAUCCUGGAGAGAAUGGUGGACUGGGAGCCACAGGCCCACGGGGCCCACCUGGACAAAAAGGUGACCAAGGUGCCACAGAGAUCAUUGACUACAAUGGCAAUAUUCAUGAAGCCUUACAGAGGAUUACCACCCUAACUGUCACGGGUCCUCCAGGCCCACCUGGACCCCAAGGGUUGCAAGGGAUAAAGGGUGACCCUGGAUCCCCAGGAUUACCUGGUGCUGAGGGGGAGCAGGGGCUCAAAGGGUCAAAGGGUGAUAUGGGAGACCCUGGAAUACCAGGAGAAAAAGGAGGAAUUGGACUUCCAGGAUUGCCAGGCUCCAGUGGCACAAAAGGAGACAAAGGAGACGUUGGUUUGCCAGGUCCACAAGGUCCUUCUAUUAUAGGACCACCAGGACCUCCAGGCCCACAUGGUUCACCUGGGCCUAUGGGACCUCAUGGACUGCCAGGCCCAAAGGGAGCAUCUGGCUUAGACGGAAAGCCAGGACCCCGGGGUAUGGAUGGUCCAGUUGGUCCACAUGGCCUUGCAGGUCCAAAAGGAGACAGGGGUGAAAAGGGAAUUCCAGGAGAUCCUGGGCCCAGAGGACCAUAUGGCUUGCCUGGAAAAGAUGGCGAACCUGGCCUCGAUGGUUUCCCUGGGCCUCGUGGAGAAAAGGGUGAUGUAGGAGAAAGGGGAGAAAAGGGUUUCCGUGGAAUUAAGGGGGAAAAAGGGGAGCCAGGCCAGCCAGGCCUGGAUGGGCUGGAUGCCCCUUGCCAAUUGGGGCCAGAUGGAUUACCAAUGCCUGGCUGUUGGCAAAAGUGACGAAUCUAACUUUGCAAGCAUGAAGUUGUGUAUAUAACGCUCCACCUCUUGUAUUUAUAGUUGAAAUGGAAUCAUUGAUUUUACAAGUCUGAAAAUAUGUUUACACAUACCUGCUUCUACUUGUUUGCAGUAGUCCAUGUGUACAUCUAUUCCUCACGUACAUCAUCAAUCUGGCAAAUAUAAACUGUGUGACAAACUUGCAAAAUCAAGUAUUAGUCUCUCUACAGAGUUUACCUCUGUAGAGUGAUCAUUCACAGACAUUUGUGUUGCUAUCUGAAUUUUUAUCAACUUUUUUUUUUGUUUUGGCUUGUGAACCUGCAUGGACAGCAAGUGCCAUGAAUUAGUUUACAUGAAAUUGUGACCAAAUUUGAGCUCUGUGCUAUGAAAUAUACUGUAAAUGAUUGCAGUUGGAAUAUAGUAAUUUUGUUUCCAUAUUCAUUUGAUAAACUCAUUUUUACUGGGUCAUUCCUGGCCUGCUCCCCAUUUUCUUGUGCUGACUAAAAUUGAAAGCAUGACUUGUGUGCCAAAAUAGCUUGCUGUGUGAUCAUCUUGUAUGCUUAAUGGUUGCUGGCUGUCCAAGUGAAUUUAGGCAUCUGAACUGUUCUUUUUAUCAUCCCAAGGGAGUUACACCAUGGCUCAUUGCAAAAAAAUGAUAAGACGAGGAGUUUAAGACAAUGGUCUUGAAUUUGGAAGGAAUUGCCGUUCCUUCCGAUGGUGGAUGGCUCUGUCUUCUGGGUUCUGAAAUCACCUUUGUCAGAAAAAGGUGAUACCUGUUCAUCAGCCUCCAUUUGCUUGCACUGCUCACAGUCACAAGAUAGCCAUAUUGGGUGAAUUUCAACACCAGGCCCUGCUGAUUAUUUAACAAAGAAGAAAAGAAGAUCUUGUUUUGUGAGUCAGAUGACAAAGUUGCAGAGAGAUGCCAAAUGGAUUGUUUGAUGAUGGAUCUCCAUAUCAACUGGAGGAUGACGGUUUUCUUCAAGGAUUUAGUACAAUAUGCAUUUCACAUAUUGUAUUUGGAUAUUAUUCUAUGUGAGAAGAUUUCUUGACACAAGAUACCAUAAAAUGCCUUCCCCCAAAAUGAUGGAACAACGAUGAUUUCAUACGGCUUGCCAUUUGGAUUUUAGACAUUCUUGAUGAAAUGGCAACUACUUGUAGGAUACUGGAAAAUAUAUUUAAUUUUAUUUGUUUAAUACUUCCAUUUGCUAACUUCUUAUUCAUUCAUGCUUACGGACACUUAAGUUUUGAAGAGCACCCUGGUGUUCACCGCUUUUCAGUACUGUGUUUUUGGAGAUCUGUUGAAUCUUGACUGCUAUAAAGCAAGUUGUUUGCAUUUUUUACUUGCUGGUUUAUUAACAUGUCUUUUUUCCUUCUGCAGUUGACAUAUUUUGGGGUCUCAUACUCCAGAGGAUGUGGAAAAGGGAAAGCGAGAAUUGUUAUUGUAUGAUAGUCGCAGUUCAUUGUAAAUUUUAGCUCAAGUAUGUUCAUUUUUUCACCUGCAGUUUUGCAAAUAUUGACAUUGCAAUGGACUCCAUUGAAUUCACAGUCUAACUUUUGAGUAGACACUCUUAGAGUCCCACUGCAUUUUGAGCACAUCUGUUCAACAUUUUUAUGUUUAGCUAUAUAUACAAAAGGGACAAUUGUAAUCAUUCUGUGAAAAGAAUUUAUGUUGCAUGCUAUACUACUUGUUUUGAAGAGUAAUUUCACAUUUCUAUACAUUCAUUAUUUUUUAAAAGGCUGACCAAAAAUUUCAUACACAAGUAAAAAUGAUUUCAAAAGGAUGUUUUCAUUAUGCAAUCACAUUUUUGGAAAUAAGCAUUGGUUGCCUUCAUCAUCACAUGAGUUUCCUUUUGAAAUAGGUUAUAAGAUGACAUUACCAAAUGUUAGUUUCCUACUGCCUUGUAGCUGUGAAUCAAUAUGAGAUCAAAACCUUAUGUAUUCUUUCUUUAAUAUUCAAAUUUAAUUUUCAGAAUGCCAGGGACAUUGAAAGGAAAUUUCAUGUUUUCCUUGGGGAUUUUUUUACCCUCAUCAGCAGGUUUAACAGUGAAGCUUUUCAUCUUAAUAUUUCUAACCAAAGUCUCAGCAAUGUCCUGUGAGCAAAAGAGGGAGUGAGGAGGAUCAGUUGCUCAGGGAAAACAGAAAAAAGGAAUGCUUUUGCUAAAUACUUUCUUUGCACUCGUGACUUUAUUUUUGCUGUUAGCUGCCUCAAUUGCAGGAUUAAUGUUCAUAACUUAGAGAAAUGAAAUUGGUCAGAUGAUGUGUGCAUGUAAAUAUAAACAUCUAUUAAUAGAAAACCAACUUGCAAAUGAAAUAGUAGACUUUACCUUGUGCAAGGAAUCUCCCAUAUUCAUUUAUGCACCUGAACCCCUUUAUUCCAUCCGGAUCUCUUGCAGAGAUUUCCCAACACUUUUAUAAGACAUUUUGGGGUUAUGUAGGUGGCUGAACCGUGAACUGAAAAUCCAUUUUGUCAGUGAUGUCUUAGCAGAUGAACACCUCCGAAUUUCACUCAUAGUCUUCCAAUAUAUUUAUCUUUGAAUCACUUCUUUAUAAUUUGUGAUACUACUUAUUACAUCCUGGUAUACACUUAAUGCGUACUUUUAGAUCUGGUCAGAUGUUAGACAUCAUUACAUAAGCAAGGAGCCUGUUAACUGGGCAAUACAUUCCAAGCAUACAUUUCCAUAAGAGUUUUGUGUUGCAGGACAUUAAAGCAUAAGUGUUCCCAUUUAUAACUGCUGGUAUUUUGAAACACCAAGGGUACAAACCUUCCCUGUCUAGGUGCAGCUCCUGCUUAUAGUCAGUUCCAUAUAGAGGUAAAGAGAGCUCUGUUGGUCCUCUGUACUCCAGUAGACAGGACAUCAAGAAUGGAGAGUCUAUGAAUGCUUUCCCUAUCCCUAUUCAAUCUGGAUUUUAGAGGUCAAAUUGUACUAGCUUAGAAUUUGGAAAAUUAUUUGAUUACAGCUAGCCAUGCUUGCUAGAGGGGAUUCUUAGACCUGCAGUCCGAAAAAUACUGUUUUAAGUUUUUCGCUAGCUGUGAUCACAUUACAUGGAGGGAAGUCUAAGAGAGCUGCACAGUUUACAUUGUUUGCAGUGUCCUAAACAUCAUGCAACUUGCAAGAACAAAAUAAAUCUUGUUUAAGGUGUGUUUAUGAAUGAAUCCAUCUCUGCCCUAGGUAAUGCAAGAUAUUUUGUCUUGUGCAAAACAUGUCCUAGUCCACCUUGGGCAUGGAUAGAUAACAUGAAAUGGGAACUCAGUCUGUGAGCCUAUAUAGAACAGGAAUUUGUUGUUGUUAUGUUUCUUCAAGUCAACUCAGACUUAGUGCAAUUCUAGCUGGUUGAUGGCAGUCUGCAUUCUUCUGCUGGCCCUUAACUACAAUGACAGCAGGAAAUAUUAGUUGCCAUAUUGAGGAUAUAUACCUGGCAAUAGUUGGGUUAUUUUCUUCUCCUUGAAUAAUUUUCCAUUAGUUUGAUGCAUCUGCCUAAUACAGGUUACUCAUUAAUUUUUAUUCACUGGAGUUAAUUACAUACUUUUUUGUUUCAUGGGAGGAAUCAGCAAUGUCUAAAUAGAUUUGCAUUGUCAUUUAUCAUCUGUAGAUUUUGAGUAAGAGCAGAUGAGGACGUGGUGCUUGAUUCAUUAAAGGAUCAAAUAAUGAAACCCUGUCAUCCAUAGGAUAACAUCUAAGCUGCCCUCCCCUCCAAGGUUGGAUACAGAACUCUGAUUUGAAAAGCAAUUAUAUGCUUUCCUGAUUUCAAAAAGUAACCUAUUUGUGAAAAGUCUUGAAGAAAGAGAUUCAAAAUCUUUCUGCAUUUUCUAGGGAGAAAGAUUCAUGCCUCUUUGCCAUUUCAGGCAUGACAUAGAUGGAGUGGACGAGGUUUCCAUUCUGUACAUUUCUCUCUAUAUGAAGGGAUAUUUAGACUAGUGGAUCAUGUGAAUGAAAUGGUUAAAAUGAUUUAAAGAAGAAUGAAAAGCAACAAGUGAUAGUGUUCCAACCUCAGCAUGUUCUGAUACAACAAUAGGAUUACACUGUAAGAGAAUCCAUAUUGCCUGAUGAAAGCCCAGAUGUGCUCAGUCUAAAUAUACAAUCAUAUUCUGAGCAUUUGCAGUGCCUUUGUGUUGUUCUUUAAGGGUUAUUUGGUGCAAUUUUAAAAAAACCCUCAUUUUUCAGUAUUGAUGAUUUAGUUUGAGCUAUUGCAGUUUUAGUAAUUGUUUCUAUCAUUUUCUUUUUUAAAAAAAUGUAGAUAUCUAUUUUUCAUAUCGAACAUUGAAAAAUGCCCUGAGCUUAUUUAAGUUGUGCACCCAUGGCUUCUCUUGAGUGUGUGACUAUUACUUUUGUUUGCAUGUGUCUCCCCACUAUUAUCUGGUAUCAGAUUUCAUGGGUAUGUUUUCUGUAACAAAGCUACAGAAUGCCUGGAAACAACAUGUUUCAGAUUAACCUUUCUUUAAAUGCCACAAGCUUUCCUUUUAUCUCCAUAAACAGGAGAGUUGUAUCUAUCAAAUUGCUUCAAAGACAGAUAAUUGUAAAGGAUAGGUUAAAACCCACAAUCUUUAGAUCAUUAGUAACUAAACAUUUUUUCCUCUAAUCUAUUGGUAAUUUUAGAAAUUCUGAAAGUCAUUACAAAGAUCAGGAGGCUAGGUAAUCGAGUUCUCUCUGAUGUAUCUGUUCAAAAUUAAGGUCAUCCUAAUUCAAAGACUCCAAUUAUGUGCCCCGGGCUCUCUUGGAUCCCCCCCCCCCAUCCUGCUGCUAUAAAUACAAGCUGAAUGUGCAGAUAAUAUGCGCUGUUUCAUUCAAUCCAUAUCCAUGUUCAUCACCACAAAGAAGCUCCAUGUGUAUAUCAAAAUCUCCCAAGUUAUAUUUGUUUCUCAUUUCUCAUUUUCCUUAUGAAAAAUGUUGAGAAAACAACUCUUUAUAUUGCCCAUAUAACAACUACAUGUCCUACAAAGACAUGUAAUACUUUGUUUCCCAAAACCAGUGUAGUGCAUAAUAAUGAAAAAAAAUCAGAUUUACAGAGAACAAGAAAGAUAUCUGCUAGACUUUACAAUUGCAUUAUUUGAGUUUGUUUGUUGGCUUUUUGUUUGUUUUAAAUUUAAUUUUGGUGCAAUAAAAAGUCCCCAAAUACUUUGGUUGUUGAAGAACCAAGCAAGCAACAAUUCAGUAAUGUACUUGUCGGUCCUGAUUCACCAUUUGGGAUCAAUGGAUGAAAGUCUGGUCUAUAAUAGGGCAUUGUUAACAAUGAGAAUAAGUUGUUCGGUUCAGUUUGUUUUGUAUAAUAUAAUUGUAUGUAAUAUUUUUGAGUGUAAUAAGUGCACAAAUGGUCACACCCAAUCACAAGGUGGGACAGCACAUAUUGUCUUUGCAAGCUUUCUAACCUCCAUUAUGUGAUUUUUGUACAGUUGAAUCCUUACAUCCAUAUUGUUUUGUGUCUUACUUAGGAAAAUAAUUUUCAUUUUUCAAACCAAAAGUGACUUUUUAAAAAAGUAUUAAAAGUAUGCUUUAAAUAGUGGUCAGUAAAUAGACCUGGAUCCCCAGAUGGUGCAGCGGGUUAAACCACUGAGCUGCUGAACUUGCUGACCAAAAGGUCAGCCGUUUGAAUCUCCGGAGUGGGGUGAGCUCCCAUUGCCAAGGUUUUCCAACCUAACAGUUUGAAAACAUGCAAAUGAGAGUAGAUCAAUAAGGUACCACUCUGGCAGGAAGGUAACGGCGCUCCAUGAAGUCAUGCCACAUGACCUUGGAGGUGUCUACGGAUAAUGCUGGCUCUGUGGCUUAGAAAUGGAGAUGAGCACCAACUCUCAGAGUCAGACAUGACUAGACUUGAUGUCAGGGGAAAACCCUUACCUUUACCUACUACUUAUAUCAGUAACAACGCCAUCAUUUUUCCUUUCUUUUUAUUUAUUUUUGUGUGGUCUUUCAGUUUUGAUCCAAAUGACUCUCAAGACAUAUUUCUCAAAAUAUCCAGUACUUCAGGUACUAUAUAUAUAUAUAUAUAUAUAUAUAUAUAUAUAUAUAUAUAUGCCAUCUUGAUUUCAGACUUUUGCUGUCUUGAUGUAACAGUAUCACCAAAACAAUGGAUGUAUUAGGGGACGAGAGUCCAUUGGCAUUUUAAAAAUUGGUAUUUGAAACAAAACCUGUUCAUUAUGCACAAAAAUAUAAUUGUAUUUCUCUGGAAAACGGAGGGCCGUAUACAACCUUGAACCUUCAGCAUUUACCUCUUUACACUGAGCUGAAAAUCAGGUCAGUCACAUAGUACUGAUCUGAGGUGCUUUGAAAGUAUUUGACUGGGGAAGACUCUACUGUUGACGUUGGCCACAGUCCCUUGACCAGUUUAUCCUGUGCAAAACCCAAUGAAAUGAACGGGAGGUAGAAUAUUAACAGAUUAUUGUGUACUUUUCAUAUAUUUGUGUAUGGCUUGCACAGGACCACUUGCUAUUGAAUUGUGCCUGUUCAUUGAGGAUAUGAUGCCAUUGUACAUGUUUGGGAAUUAUAGUAUCAUGCAACUUUGUAACUUUUUAAAAAGGUGUAUGUAUCUAUUAUAUUAUUUUGGAAAAUAUUAUAUUUUUAUUUGCAUUUUUUUUUACUUUUUAAAAUUGUAUGUGUGGUUAUUUUCAUACUUUGUAAUGAUCUCUUAAGAGGAGAAAACAGCCUGCAAUUUUGCUGUGAAUUGUCACUAUUUGUAGGAUACAUUACACAGGUCAUGACUCAUUCUGAGCGUCAUAUCACUGUAAAAAUGGUUGUGUAAAUAUUUCAAGAUUUAAAUCACUGUUUCUUAUUUGUUACACAUCUCUACUUUAUUGUGGCCUCUAGUUCAGGCUUAAUUCAAGACCGAGCAUCAUCAAAUGGUAUGAAUUGUUUCUUCUUUUUCUUGUUUUUUAAAAAAAAUCCCUGGUUUCUUCUGUUCUUUCCUUUUUUUUAUUUUCCAGUUAUUUGAGUUUUGUAUUUGUUUUUUGUUCCUAGCUUGUGAGAAGUUGAUCUUCAGAAUUAUUUUUACACUAUUUAUGACUUAUUUUCAUAAUGUAAAAAGUGUGUAAUUAUUAAACUCUUAAUCUUA